AUGGCCUUCACCUACGCCGCAAUACUCUUGCUACGCAACCUCAACACCGUGGCUCACAAGAAGUAUCUGAGCUACAUUUUACCAAACAAACCGAAAGAUGUCGAUUUCAAAGAAACCGUCAAGACCCUGAAGUCCAUCUUCGGUCGUCACACGUCGCUCUUCAAUUCACGGUACCAGUGCCUGCAGCUACAGAAGAAUCCGUCCGACGAUUACUUCACGUACGCUGGCAUCGUGAACGAGAAGUGCGAGGAGUUCCAGCUGGACAAGAUCGACGCGGACCAGUUCAAGUGCUUGUUGUUCGUGUGCGGCCUGAGUUCAUCAAGAGAUGCGGACGUUCGUACGUCACUGCUGUCCAAGAUCGAGAGUGCCAAUCCUGCUGCGCUGAUGACCCUGCGUUCGUUGGCCGAGGAAUGUCAGCGACUCUUAAAUCUGAAGCGGGACAACGCCAUGCUCAAGAGGACCAAGCCCACCGUAUCAGCUGUCAAACAGCCACCUAGGACCAAGAACGCCCCGCCUGCUCAGCAGCCAGCCGAAACUCCGAACUCACCGUGUUGGAGAUGUGGGGAAAUGCACUAUUCGAAGAAUUGCCCAUUCAUCCAACACGAGUGCAAGUCCUGCAAGAAGGUCGGACAUCGUGAAGGAUACUGCGCCUGCUUCAAUUCAAAAUCCGGACGGAAGAAAAAGAAGCAGACUACAGCCAAGGCGCAGGGGAUCUACUCCGUCAACCAGGUCAGCAUCUCAGACAGAAGGAAGUUCGUCACGGUGGAGCUGAACGGAAUGCCAGCACGACUGCAGAUGGAUAGUGCCGCGGACAUUAGCGUGAUCUCAAUGGACGUCUACAAGCAACUUGGUUGUCCAGCUGGCGAUCCGCCAUCCAUCAACGUGGUCAACGCUUCUGGAGAUGACAUGGGCCUAGAGUUGGAGAUCACCUGUACCAUAACCCUCAACGACGUUGUCAAGCAAGGGAGGUGCUUCGUAUCUCGGACUAACGAUUUGAACCUGUUUGGAGCUGAAUGGAUCGAGCUUUUCGGACUGUGGGACGUGCCGUUCAACGCGGUGUGCAACCAGGUCUCCAUGAAAACGUAUCCCAAGUCGGCAGAACUGGUCAACCGUUUCAAGGAGAAGUACAGCACCAUCUUCAGCGAGAGUCUGGGACUCUGCACCAAGAAGAAAGUGUCGUUCACCCUCAAGCCUGGUGCCAAGCCGAUUUUUCGCCCGAAGCGACCCGUUCCGUACGCAUCGGUCGAGAAAAUUGAAGCUGAACUGGACCGUCUUCAAAGUCUUGGGAUCAUCACACCAGUCUCGUACUCGGAGUGGGCCGCUCCGAUCGUGGCUGUACGCAAGCCCAACGGCAAGGUGAGGAUCUGUGCAGACUAUUCCACUGGACUCAACGACGCGCUGGAGCCGAAUCACCAUCCGCUACCCCUGCCUCAAGAUAUCUUCGCCAAGCUGGCCGACAAGAAGAUUUUCACCCAAAUCGAUCUGUCGGACGCCUACCUGCAAGUCGAUGUCGAUGAGGAGUCGCGGAAGAUGCUGACAAUUAACACGCACAAGGGUCUGUUCCAGUUCAAUCGCCUGUCGCCGGGAGUCAAGCCUGCACCUGGCGAGUUCCAGCACAUCGUGGACAGCAUGAUUGCGGACCUGGACGAUACGAGCUGUUACCUGGACGACAUCAUCGUGGCGAGCAACUCUCUGGACGAGCACAUCGAGCAGCUUCAUCGCCUGUUCGCCCGCAUCCAGGAGUAUGGGUUCCAUUUGAAGAUCGAGAAGAGCAAUUUCUUCAUGCAGCAGAUCAAGUACCUGGGCUUCAUCGUCGAUUCCGAUGGAAUUCGACCUGAUCCAGAGAAAGUCAAGCCGAUCGUCAACAUACCUGCCCCACACGACGUCCCGACACUGCGCUCAUUCCUUGGUGCGAUCAAUUAUUACGGCAAGUUCGGCAAGUCCAUGCACGAGCUUCGCCAUCCGUUGGACGCUCUGCUCAAGAAGGAUGCCAAGUGGAACUGGAGUCCUGCCUGUCAGCGGUCGUUCGAGGAGUUCAAGCGGAUUCUGCAAUCAGAGUUGCUGUUGACCCACUACGACCCAAACCAGGAGAUGAUAGUUGCCGCUGACGCCUCGCAGAAAGGAAUUGGUGCGGUUCUUCUACACCGUUUCUCUGACGGUACGAUCAAAGCAGUGUGCCAUGCUUCCCGGACACUCACGGACGCUGAGAAGAACUAUGCCCAAGGCGAGAAAGAAGGUCUU